AUGGACGAAGGGAUGACAAGAGCAGCGGUGGAAUUUGUUAACGAAUUGGUGGACCUCGGGGUUCUCAGGGACAUCGGCAAAGGUCGCAAAGUUCUUACCAACGCACCGUUAUUCGUUGUCAGCAAGGACGGUCAGCCGGGGCAGUGGAGAGUCAUUGCCGACAUGCUACAUGGAGGCCAAAACGAUUGUGUUGGACAGGACCCCGCCUUCAUGCCCAGGAUCGCGCAUAUUGUUGACCAAAUGUACAGUGGAGGAUAUUCAGCAGUGGUCGACCUCUCCAAGUUCUUCUACAACUUCCCAACGCACGAGGACGAUCGUCCGUACCUUGGACUGUUGCAUCCACGCACCAAGGAACUCCUUGCUUACUAUGGCCUAGCAAUGGGAGCAGGGAACAGCCCAGCUAUUGCAUGCCGAAUUGGCCUUGCGUUCGUCCGCUUGGUCAAGGAAAAGUUCGCAGUGUUCAAAGGAGCGGCGAAGGCUAACUGCUAUUGGACUGGUCUACGGAAUAAUGGCUUUGACCCAAAAGUUGGAUACGGUUUUAUUCUUAUUGGACGUGACGGCGGCGCGGUACAUAUUUGGGUCUGGGUCAAUGACUUCCUCAUCCACGGACCCUCCCAUGAGAAGACGGCACAAGGCCUCCAGUUCUUCCUGGAUACGGCAGUGGAUUGUGGAUUCCUCUUUCACCCUAAGAAAUUGGUCCACCCGCAGCAAGUUGUCAAAUAUUGCGGUUUUCUGUUUGACACCACCGACGUUCCUUGCCUUCGGAUCCCGGAAGCCAAGCGUGACCGGGCUUUGGCUAUCUGUGAAUACAUGAUCCAGUCUCCCCUGCACAAAAAGUGGUCCCGUUUGGGCCUGGCAGUGGCAGUUGGAGUCUUGGAAUCCCUUACGGAAGCGACUCCCCGACGGCUGGGACACACUCAUCUCAAGGAGUUUCACACCUUGGUCCACCCACCGGGCCUGGGAAUUGGAGCGGAACCGUACUACACAACUACUGCCCUCAAUUCCCUAGUCCUGGACGAACUCAAAUGGUGGAGACAGUACCUGAUUAAGAGCGAGGGUCGCUACGUCCGGGGCCGCAGUGCAGCUACACUGUUAUGGAAAGAGUUGGCGACUCUGAAGGAGACGCUUUUACGGAUAAAAGAGAGCCCUCAUGCUCAUCAGGUUAUUGACUCUACGGUUUUCUACUUCACGGACAACUCGGGCGUCUACUGGAUUGCUACUACUGGAUCCUCUAAGAAUCGCACCCUCCACAAGUUGAUCAGUGAGAUCCGCCUACUUGAACUCGAACCAAAAUGCACCCUCCAAGUAAUCCACGUUCCUGGCAAGGUACUGAUCACCCAAGGUACUGAUGGCCUCAGUCGCGGCGUUUGGAUGUCUCACUUGCAGAACAUCAUGGACCCUGACCGCCUUGCCCAGGCUAUCUUCGACCCGGUUCCCUUUGACCCUGCUUUGGUUUGGGAAUCCCUUCCCUUCCUGUCACAUCAUGCCAGCCACUGGACCUUUCAACAUUGGAACCAACCAUGGGUCGCUGCCACCUGUUUCCAUCAAACCACUGUGUGGUGCCCACCUCCAGAGUUGGCUCGCCAACUUCUUACCUUCCUCCUCAACUCUUGGGUCGAGUGCCCGUACACUACGUCGGCUGUCCUCUUUGUCCCUCGUGUUUUGGAGGCCUCUUGGCGCCACAUGUCUUCCGGUUGGACAAGACUCCCAAUCUCGCCCCCUUGUGGCAUGCUGCCCAAGCCACAUUUACGCGCGGGCUGCCAGAUGGGUUUCCGUCCAAGGGAUCUUAAGUCACGACUGCAAUGCACCUUUGCUUUGUCCGGUUUUGGGAAAUUCCGUAGCUGUGGGGCCUGUUAUCAUCCUGGUUGCUUCCGUGCAGGAGAACCGUUCAAGACUCGUCGGCUCAGAGAUGAGGGCUUGGUGCUCCCAGCCCAGGCGGCCUGGCCCAACUUUGAAUUUGAUGUGACCAUUCUCCGGCCCACUCCCCUCGUGGAACCACCAUCCGGCCCUGAAAUUCCUCUCAUGUGGUGUCAAGAAUGGUACAGUCUUUGGCAGUCAAGGAAGAAAUAUGACCGUGAUGUCCAAACACCGAUCAGUUUUGGUACUAUCCGAGCCGUCCGGUCCGCUGUUUUUCAGUGGCUCUCAUUGGAUGCCAUCAAUUCCUCCCACGCUGCCUACAUGUCGGCAGACAAAAAGAUCGUCUACCAAUCCUGUCGCCCAACCGACAACUUGUCCUUUCAGUUGUUUGCAAAGGGGAUGGUAGCACGUUUGGGUGACCACACUCGCCCCUCGGUAGCCCUCUUGGAUCGCCAUGUUCGUUUCCUGGAUUCCGCCCUUGAUCAAAUGUUCUUGGACGCUGAGAACGCCUUCCAACGCCGCGAACUGUCUCUCGCGGGCCUUGCUAAUCUUACCCUUUGGCUCAGAUGGCUCCAAUCCUCAGAGUGCUUUGGUCUCAAUUGGGAGGACUGCUCCCUUGUGGAGCCUGCUGAUCAUGCAGUUGAAGAUCUUCCAACCAACUGCGGUAUAGUCACGUUUCGACUCAAUCCUGUCACCAAGUCAGACCGCGCCCGGACGGCUGACGUCAUUAUUGUUAGAAUAAAGCAAAAUGUGCUCUAUCGUGAGUGCUUUUAG